AUGUCUGCAAAUGAUAUAUUGGAUGUUUUAAACAUAUCGAGAGAUGAUAACCAACCAGCAAAGAAGAAACAAAAGACGUCUACACCCACAGAUAAUGGAAAGCCUUUAACUGGUAUGGCUAGAGAAUUAUAUAAUUUGGUAGGGCCAAAUACUCCCCCAAUAAAUUUAUCUUCAUCUAAUUAUAUAUCAAACAAGGGUAAACAAAAUCGUCAAUUCAGACCAUCUCCAUGGAGUAAAGUUAAUUUCACGCCUGGUAAACAUAGAAAUAUACAAUUGAAGCAUUGGGUCAAAGGUUCUGAAGAAUUAUUAAAACAAGAAAAUGAAUCAGAUGAAAAGAAGGAAUAUUUUUUUGAAAAAUUUAAUAUUAAAUUAGACAUACCUGAGUUUAUAGAUGAGGAGAAAUAUGAAACUUAUAUGAACGAAUUUAAAGAUGAUUUUCGAGAAGAACAAUUUACAAAGAGAAAAGCUGAAAGAAUGAGACAGUUGGAGGAGCAAAAAAAGCAAAAAAAGAUUGAAGAAAAGAAAGAGGAAGAAAAGAGACUAGAGGAAAAGAAGGAAGCGGAAAAACAAGAGGAAGUAAAGCAAGAUAUAAAGAAAGAAGGGGAGACGAAACAAGAAGAAAACUUUCUCGAGGAAAAAAAGGAAGAGCAAAAAAUGGGAGAAAAGAGUGUGGAGCCUAGUGUGGAACCUAGUAAAGAGCCUAGUGAACCAGUAAUUACAGAAGAAGAACAAAGAAGUGAAGAUGAAAAGAUAAAAGAAGAAGUUAAAAAAGAACUAGUUCAAUUUGAUUGGAGCUAUCAAGAAACAAAAGAAUUAUUUAACCUUUGUCAAAUAUAUGAAUUAAAAUGGCCAACAAUACAUGAUAGAUUCCCAUCAAAUCACAGAGUAGAAGAUUUAAAAGAACAAUUUUAUAGAAUAUGUGUCAAAAUAUUGGAGACUGAAGAGAAUAAAAAUCAAAACCUAAUAGACUCCCUUAAGGCAUUUUCGAAACCAAGAGAAUUAGAAAGAAAACAAUAUCUUGAAAAUUUACUCAAGAGAACACCAGCUGAAAUUGCAGAAGAAGAAAGUUUAGUAAUUGAAGCUAGAAGAUUUGAAUUAGCUGCCAAGAAAAUGUUAUUAGAAAGAUCAAAUUUAUUGACAUUAUUAGAUUCUCCACAAUCAACUCAAAAUGUACUGCAAUAUCAAUCAUCUCAAGGUAUUAGUAACCUUUAUAAUAAUUUAAUGAUUUAUGAUAAACAUCAAAAGAAGAAACAAGCGCAUCAACAAAAACAGGAACCUAUUCCACCACCUAUUCCUUUAGCUGCAUCAUCAUCAAUAAGGAGAGAUAAAGUAUUCCAAACCAAUUUACAACAAUAUCUUGCAAGUUUCUUAAAACAAGCACAUCAUACAAAUCCUGCAAUAAAACAAGAAGCAAAUUCAAUACAACAAUUAUUAUCAAAACGUUUAACUCAAAAGGAAGAAGAAGCUUAUGGUUUACAUUAUCAUGGUACUGAGAAAUUAACACCUGGUGUUACAUUAAGAUCACAACAAAAAUUACCAGGUUCAAAUCAAAGACAAUCUGUAUUAAAAUCUGUUUCUGCAGUAUUUCAAGAAAUGGAUUUACCAACUGCUGGAGGUACAAUGUGGAAACCAGUAAUGCCAACAAGAAAAACAAUGAGUAAAUAUGAUGAAUUAUUGAGAUCAGUAGUUACAAUGUUGGAUAUAAAAAGAGCUAAAGAUAAAUUAGAAGCUGAAAUUAAAUUAAUUAAAAGUCAAAAGGGUAUGCAAUAA